AUGACGUACCUCGCGUCGUGCGGGCACAGAGUGUACGGGAUCGAGAUCUCGACGGAGGCGAUCGAGGCGUUUUUCGACGACGCCGGGUUGCCGCGGAGCGUCGACGACGCCGACGCGCACGCGCGGCCGAGAGCGCGAGCGGGCGCGGGGUCGGGGCUCGGGUCGCGCGACGACGACGACGGUUUUGGUUUCGGUUUCGACGAGGACUGGCGCGGCGCGAAGAACGUCAAGCGCGUCCACAGCUCCGGGAACAUCGCCAUCGCGGAGGGCGACCUCUUCGGCCUCGGGGUCUGGACGGGCCGCCGCGACGGCUCUGAGGGCCCGCGCGCGGCGAGGCGCGGGGGCCGGGGCGAGGGGAGGAGGCACUUUUUUCUGAACGACGACGACGACGACGACGACGACGGGCUCGACGACGCGUUCGACGACGACGACGACGCGGACGCGGACGCGCGCGUGGGCGCGCGCGGCAGCAUCUCCUUCCGCGAGGAAGCGCUCAGGCGCGUUCUAUCUAUGCGAACGUUUUUCACCCCCCAACCUCGGUUUCAAUAA